UGAACGAGUUGUUUCGUGUGCAAAGUGAACUAGUGAAUAACUUGAAUAACAAUUGCGAUAUAUUUGUAAUGUGAUGUCGAAGUUAUUUGAGUACACGUGCCAACGUCCAAUUAGGAAAUAAACGUUGAACAGUAAACGAAUAAUAUGUAUCAUGACAUCAUAUGUUCUAUAACUCUCGUAAGUUCCUAGAGGUUAUGUUGUGUAGUUGAUUAUUUUCUGAUAAAGUCGACGGUGUUUUCGACGAAUAAAUCCACUCCAACGAAAAGUUUUGGCAGCUCUGGAAAGACGUAGGCUUCGGUGGAAAAGGAAGGGAGAGCGCGUUUCCGUCCGGGUCCCGCUAGAGGACUCGUCGCAAGGCUUUUCUAGCGGUCCCUGCCUUUGAGGUUGGGAUGUCGGAAGGACGGACGAAAUUUGUAUAUAUACAAAUUGAGGCGGAUCGGUUACUUGCGGGGCAGGAGAAUCCAUCUGCUGGCAAGCCUGAAGGUAGCCGCCACAAAGUUAGAAACAUGGCGUAUUUAACAAGAAAAGAAAUCGACGAAAUGAAACCACAGAUUGAAAAAGCGGUUCAUAAAUUCCUUGGUUUUGGGGAACCUGCUAUCGUUACCACGGCUGUCAAUUGUAUUACCUCUGGCUACGAUAAACGUAAAACAGCGGAUAAACUGUCUGCUUUACUGGAGGACAAAAAAGCUUCAAAAUUAACGGAAAAAAUCUUUGCAAUCUACGAUGACGCCAAAGCAGCGCAGAAGAGUAAAAAACGGAAUCAUGUGGAAGAUAAAGACAAGGAGAAAGAAGCGAAGAAACCUCGAUUUAGGGACGACGAAGUGAAAAAUGAAAAGACAACGGAAGCACAAUUAUCUGCCGAUAAGAUACGACAAAUGAUGGCGAAUGCUCAAAGAGAAAUCGAAGAACGAAAGAGGGCAUUGAAGGCCAUCAAGCAGGAGGAGGUGGCUCCGAUGAAACCGUUACUUAAGACACGGGAUUCAUUACCAACAGUAGGUAGCAUGUAUAACCAAGGUCUUUUAAGUAAAACAGACUCUGACAAAGCACGAAAAAUUGCUGCGUUACAAGCUCAAAUCAGAAGUAAACUCAGCUCGGGACUGCUCGGCAAUGUCAGCGUUCCUGACAAACCAACUCCGCUGAUCCUAGACGAAUCAGGAAGGACGGUAGAUAUAACGGGCAAAGAAGUUCAACUGACGCAAGUAGUGCCAACAUUGAAGGCCAAUAUACGAGCGAAAAAGCGUGAAGAAUUUAAAGCACAGUUACAAGAAUCCAAAGGUCCGGAAGAAAUUCAGGACACGCACUUUUUCGACAAUAGGAUAGGCGUGAAACCCGCCGUACGCGGUAAACGUACGCUAAAGUUCCAUGAGCCGGGAAAGUUCCAACAGUUGGCAGAAAGGAUUCGUAUGAAAGCCCAACUGGAAAAGUUACAAAAUGAAAUUAGUCAAAUAGCUAGAAAAACCGGUAUAAGUUCAGCAACUAAGUUGGCGCUUAUAGCGCCGAAAACUGAAGCUCUCAGCGAAGACGUGCCUAACGUGGAAUGGUGGGACUCUGUUAUAUUAACAGGCGGAUAUCCGAACGAUGACGAGCCUACAGGAAUAAAAAAUUCUACUAUUACCAAUCUCGUUGAACAUCCUACGCAAAUGCGGCCACCAACCGACCCGUUGAAACCGAUCUAUAUGCCUGUAUUUUUAACGAAGAAGGAACGUAAAAAAUUGCGCAGGCAAAAUAGGCGCGAAGCGUGGAAGGAAGAGCAAGAGAAGAUCCGAUUAGGCCUUGAACCACCGCCCGAACCGAAAUUACGAAUUUCAAAUCUUAUGAGAGUGUUAGGUACAGAAGCCGUCCAGGAUCCAACGAAAAUAGAAGCUCAUGUUCGACAGCAAAUGGCUAAAAGAUUAAAAGCACACGAGGACGCAAAUGCGGCACGACGAUUAACCGCUGAUCAGCGACGCGAGAAGAAGGCGAGGAAACUCAAGGAGGAUACUACACUUGGUGUACACGUGGCUGUCUACAGAAUACGCGAUCUAUUAAAUAACGCGUCGAAGAAAUUCAAGGUAGAGACUAACGCGAAGCAGCUUUAUCUGACUGGUUGCGUGAUGCUUUUCCGCGAUUGCAACGUCGUUGUAGUCGAAGGCGGCGCGAAACAGUUGAACAAGUAUAAACGGUUAAUGAUGCACCGCAUCAAGUGGGAGGAGGACACUAUAAAGGACAACGACGGUAACGACGUGCCCAACAAAUGUGUGCCCGUCUGGGAAGGGACUAGCAAGCAACGCCACUUCGGCGAGAUCAAGUUUAAAGUUUGCCCGAUCGAGAAAAUGGCACGCGAACACUUUAAGAAGCACCAGGUCGAGCAUUAUUGGGAUCUGGCCUACAGUGGAGCCGUUCUAGACAACACGGACGAUAUUCCGAUUCGCAGAUUCCUCGUCGCGUUCGCGGUGGUCGAGGGCGCGACUCUGCCGUCGAGCAUGCUGCUGGAUCUGAAUAAGCGUACGAACGUGUCGAUGCUGAAGUACCAUCAGGCCGAGCAAGCGAUACAGAGCUCGCACACGCAUCUGAAUCAUGGCUCCCCGUCUUACUUCCUGAGCGCGUCCCACGAGAUAACCGAGCACGCGCAGAAUCUCUCGAGGAAAGCGCUGCGAAUCGAGACGAUGGCGAUGAUGCUGGUGGAGGCGUUGAACAUGUCGUCGAAAGAGGCGUCCUCCGUGUUGCCCUCGGUGGCGGCCAUCCAUUGCCCGGACACGUCCACCUUUCUGCAAGUGAUGGCCGGUUGUAAGGAGUACGACGCGCGGUACAGAACGCACACCGGAAGGUGCAACAACGGUUUGCACCCCACAUGGGGCGCCUCUCUAGAGCCUUACGCGAGAUUUCUAGCGCCGGAAUACGUGGAUGGCGUUUCGUUGCCGCACACCGAACUGCCCAGCGCCCGCGAGGUCUCCUUGAGAGUCCAUUCCGGCGGUCUGGACCUCAAACAUCCCUAUCUGAUGGCGCUCACCGCCCUCUUCGGCCAGUUUCUGGUCCACGAUCUCGCCCACACGCCGAAAAUGGAACUGCCCGACGGCGCGAAACUGAAAUGCUGCAACGUGGACUACGAGCACUUUCAUCCGGAGUGCUUCCCGAUCCGCGCCGACAACGCCAUUGGCUGCAUGGAGUACUCGAGGUCGGCGCCCCACCCAGGAAACUCGUUUCAGGGUUGCAAACUGGGUCCCCGGCAGCAGAUCAACCAGGCGACCUCGUACUUGGACCUGUCUCCGGUUUACGGUAGUUCCGAAGAAGUAGCGAGGACCCUGCGAUCCGGGAAGGACGGCUUGCUGAACACGCAGAGGAAGAAUCUGCCGAUGCCGUCGCCGAAGUACGAAAGUUGCCGUAGCGCCAGCAAAGCUUUCCCGUGUUUCCUUAGCGGGGACUCGCGGGUGAACGAGAACCCCGGUCUCACUCUGAUGCACGUGCUUUUUCUGCGGGAGCACAACCGUGUCGCGACAGAGCUGGGACAACUGAAUCCUCGCUGGGACGACGAGAGACUCUAUCAGGAGGCGAGAAGGAUCGUUGUCGCGGAAAUGGAGCAUAUAACUUAUAACGAGUUCCUGCCCGUUGUUCUCGGCGAGGCGGCCCUCGACAAGUAUCAAUUACGGUUGACACAUCGGGGAUACUUUCGCGGCUACGACACAAGAACGGACGCGACGCUCGCGAACUCCGUUGCGUCGGCCGGACUCUUCUUCGUGGCCGCGCUGACCCCGAAAACCCUCGACCUAGUUGACUCACGAUCGGCGCUGAAGUCCGGGGAAAGAUCAUUGUUGUCCGCCUUCUACGCCCCGCAGGAGUUUUACGAAGCGGGAGCCGUCGAUCGUCUGAUCGUCGGCGCCACAGCGGGACAUUCUAGGAAGCCAUUACCGCCAGGAUUGAAUGAAAUCCUUUUGGAACGAUACUUCCACGACGGAAAAAGCAACGAUAUCGCUGUGGAUUACGCUGCGCAGGUGAUACAGCAAGGACGGGAUCACGGGUUGCCGCCUUAUGUCAGAUGGCGGUUGUUCUGCGAUUUGCCGGAUAUUAACGACUUUGAUAGUCUCAGGGGAUCGAUGGCCAAAGACACCAUAGAGAAACUUCGGGCCGUUUACAAAGACGUGCAAGACGUGGAUCUUGUGACAGGAGCACUUUCGGAGGCAACUUUGUCGGAUUCCGUCCUGGGGCCGACAUUUCUCUGUUUGCUGGGUCGCACUUUUCGCAACAUUCGUUUUGGUGACAGGUAUUGGUACGAAAACGCGAACACGCCAGGUUCGUUCGCAUUGAAUCAAUUAGAAGAGAUUCGGAAAGUUACAAUGGCGCAGAUUCUGUGCCGCAACGGCGACAGAGUGCAUCUGAUGCAGCCCAGAGCGUUCCUUUUGCGAGAUCGUUUCUUAAAUAAUAUGAUAAAUUGUACGAUACACACGAGCGGGUCGCCAAAUCUUUCGGCUUGGAAAGAGAAUAAGGUCUCGUAAACUUUUCGUUAGGCAGUUUACGCAUGAUGAUAUGUCCUUGAUUGUACAUAAGAAAUCGUAAUUUUAGCUUACUAUUAAUUGACAUUAUAAUGUAAUUAACGUUGCCCCCCUCCUCCCCCCUCAUAAUAGAAGAGAAUAGAUACUGCACUAUUUCUAAGGUACGUUAGAAAUUGUAUACUGAAUCCAGCGACGAUCUUAUGAAACUUUUUAUAAAAUAUAAUAAAUGUUACACUUAUUGUGUUCGAUAUAUUUUAUGCACAAAUUUGAUAGACCAAUGCGGGCCGAUGCGGGCAAUGUACGAUUUAUUUUAUAAAAACGAUCCUUACUGUAA